AUGACGCAGAGGUCAGACAAGCUCACUGUGAUCAUGUUGAUCAAAUACGCGUUGAAGGACACAAAGAAUCGUUUGAAAAGCUUCAAAACCAUGGCAGCCGCAACUAUGGCGCCGACAUCGAGCAGCUUCGUUCAUUCCACCACCAAUUUUGAUGCUCAAGACACCAAUACAUCAGGCAAAACGCUCGAUGCGCAAGCAUCUAUGGCAUCGGGUUUCCUCCUUAGUAAGAUGGUCGAAGUACUCAGAAAUGUGGGCUACGACGACAAGGCAGUGGAGACAGUCUCCAGCCUGGUCUCAAGAAACACAGUAGAGGCGGAAAAUAUCUACAUUAAGGACUUUCUGAACGACGUCGAGCGGACAGGUAAUUUGAUUGAUGAGAAGCUGCUUGAUCGUGGAACGCUAGCGAGCCGCGGUCUGUCGCUCAACAGUAACGAGCCUGUUCUGCUGGUAGAACUGGCUGAGAGUACCGAGCUCACCAUGCCUGAGAUCAGAGAUCUUAAAGACAAGAUCCUAAACACGACAAGGACGAGAGGCAUCAAGCCGGUACGGGUAUAUGUCCGCCUAAGUGCAGAAGCUGACAGCGCUCAUUUUGGAGUCUGUCUGAUCAAUGUUGUGAACACUGAUAUUGGUGGGCCAAGUAUGAUUCAGCUUCUUGACGCUGCUUUCCACGAUGCAGGCUGGAAGGAUCAGCUGGCAGUGAAAGAAGCAUACAAUGGUAGCGAGUUGUUGUGGCGGGACCAGAGAGCCGUUGUGACAAGUUGCGGUGUGCCUCCGCUCUCUGCUUCGGCAGAUGCUGCUGAACCUGUGGAGUCAACUGAAUCCGAGGAUGUAGAUGGAACACCGUCACAAAUUGAAUCUGGCGAUUUCACAGUUGCAGAGGCCAGCGAAGAGAUUGCCGUACCUGCGCAGCCAGCCAAGCACAGGGACGUCAACUCAGUCUCUGAGGACGUAGAAGAGACAGAGGUCGAGGCAAAUGAGCAUCCUGCAAUGAAAGCCUUAAGAGAGAGCGAUGCUAGGCGAGCGGCGAUCCAGCAUCCUACAUGGUCCCGAGAUCAUGAGGACGAAGGCCUCCUGGAUAUCAUCACGACUCAAUCGGCUAAUGCGGAAGGCACGCAGCCAAUGUCGAUUAUCUCUGGCGAUGUGAGCAAAGUUGAUGAUGACUUUGAAAUGGUUGAGAAGACCUGA